AUGUCGCCCUCCAAGAUAAUCAAGAUAGAGUACUUCAGGGUACCACCACGAUGGCUCUUCGUUCGUGUAGAAACAGCAGACGGUACCGUCGGAUGGGGUGAGAGUACUCUGGAAGGCCAUACGGAGGCAGUCGAAGGUGCCAUGAAAGAUCUCCAAGAGAGAUUUACUGGUGCAGAUGCCGACAAUAUCCAGGAUAUCUGGCAGACUGCAUACAUGAUGCGAUUUUACCGUGGAGGUCCUGUCUUAAUGGCAAGUGCCAGCCUGGACAUCGCACUUUGGGAUAUCAAAGGCAAGAGACUUGGAGUCCCGGUAUGGCAGUUGCUGGGUGGUAAGGUUCGAGAUCGCGUCAAAGUCUACGGAUGGAUUGGUGGUGAUCAUCCGAGCGACGUCUUGAACGCUGCCCUUGAACGGAAACAACAAGGAUUUACAGCUGUCAAGAUGAAUGGGACAGAUGCGGUAUCAUGGAUCGAUUCCCCGGAUGUUCUCAAGGGAACCGUGGAGCGCGUUCGUCAAGUUAGAGAAGAAGCCAAGAUGGAUGUUGGUGUGGAUUUUCACGGUCGAGUACAUAAGGGAAUGGCCAAGCAACUGGCUAAACUAUUAGAACCGUAUCAGCCCCUUUUUAUCGAAGAACCUUUAUUGCCCACACAUCCGGACGAGAUUGCGGAUAUCUCUAAACUUGUUUCGACACCCAUCGCCCUGGGUGAACGUCUUUACACGCGCUACGAAUUCAGACCUUACUUCGAGAAGCGUGCCAUUGAUAUUGCUCAGCCUGAUGUUUCUCACUGUGGGGGAAUUACAGAACUGAGAAAUAUCGCAUCACUCGCAGAGACAUAUGAUGUUGCAUUGGCACCGCACUGUCCACUAGGUCCCAUCGCAUUGGCUGCUUGUCUGCAAGUCGCCCUGUCUGCACCAAAUUUUGUUAUCCAGGAAAUGAGUUGGAAGAUGCACUACAACACCGAUGAUCCCGAGGCCGCGGAUUUGCACACGUAUAUGACAAACCCACAAAUCUUUAACAUCAAAGAAGGCCACAUUGACGCACUCCAAGGGCCGGGUAUUGGUAUAGAAAUUGCUGAAAAGCUUGUCCGGACCGCUUCAGAAAAAUAUACGUCCGACCGCUCAGCUUGGCGUAAUCCAGUCUGGAGAGGUUCGGACGGAGGUUUGAGAGAAUGGUAGAUGUACUGUGUUACUGUUUGGGGAUGUAUAAUUUCCUAGUACCUCACAAGUGCGUCCAGGCCGAAUUGAAUUCCCAGGUACAGUUAUCACGAUACAGAUCGAUCGCUUCGUGCCGAGCCUGAGGACCCUUCACGUUUUGUUCUCCUUCCGUCACCAAGCCACGUCCGCCACAAUAUAUCUUCUUGUUCCAUCAU